AGGAGUCACCUAGUAGUGUUUUUUUACAAUUAAACACUUUUUUUUUUUUUUUGCUUUUUUAUUUUACCUAAUAAUUUUGUAAAUUUCCUCUUUGUUAAAUUGACCUACAAUUUAAGAUUUCAGUUCAAAGUUUACACUAAAACUCUUCAGCUGACUGGCAAAACAAUGUCUCUAUCUGUUCCUCAUUUCAUCUCUGUCAGAUUCUCCAACCACAAUGGUGUAAAGGUACGUGGUUUGCCGAAACGUUUUCAGAGAGAUUGUAAAGUAUUUACAGUUAUAUCAAUGUCAAAAGAGGCAUCAAAUUAUAUACCAGCAGCUCCUAUAUUUCUCCCUGAAGGACCAUGGGAGCAGAUUCCUGGUGGUGUUACUGCUGCAAAGGGUUUCAAAGCUGCUGGAAUGUACGGUGGAUUGCGUGCUCUUGGAGAAAAGCCUGAUCUCGCACUCGUCACUUGUGAUGUCGAUGCCAUAUCUGCAGGGGCAUUUACUACAAAUGUUGUUGCAGCUGCACCUGUACUAUAUUGUAAAAGUGCACUAAAUGCAUCUAAAACGGCUCGUGCAGUACUGAUAAAUGCUGGUCAAGCUAAUGCUGCAACAGGUGAUGCAGGUUAUCAGGAUGUAAUAGAGUGCUCAAGUGCACUAGCUAAGUUACUUCAAUUGAAGCAAGACGAAGUCUUGAUUGAAUCAACUGGUGUGAUAGGUCAAAGAAUAAAGAAGGAAGCACUUCUCAACUCACUCCCACGCCUUGUUAGGCAGCUUUCACCAACUGUGGAGGGGGCAAAUUCUGCAGCUGUAGCUAUAACGACCACUGAUCUUGUUAGUAAGAGUGUGGCAGUUGAAACCGAGGUUAGAGGAACUCGAAUAAGAAUUGGGGGCAUGGCGAAGGGUUCUGGGAUGAUCCAUCCUAACAUGGCAACAAUGCUUGGUGUGGUAACUACGGAUGCCUCCGUCACAAGUGAUGUUUGGAGAAGGAUGGUACAAGUUGCUGUAAAUCGAAGUUUUAAUCAAAUUACUGUUGAUGGAGACACAAGUACAAAUGAUGCUGUCAUUGCUCUGGCCAGUGGACUUUCAGAAUCAUAUGAGAUUUCUUCUUUGAACUCCUCCGAGGCAGAACACCUACAAAGCUGCCUUGAUGCUGUAAUGCAGGGUCUAGCAAAAUCAAUAGCUUGGGAUGGUGAAGGAGCAACAUGUUUGAUUGAGGUGAGGGUUGAUGGUGCUGAUAACGAAGCUGAAGCAGCAAAGAUUGCUCGUUCAGUAGCUUCGUCUUCACUUGUCAAGGCUGCUGUAUACGGUAGGGAUCCAAAUUGGGGCCGUAUUGCUUGUGCUGCUGGCUAUUCAGGGAUUCCUUUUAACGCCAACAAGCUCCGGAUAUCACUAGGAGAUAUUGUGCUUAUGGAAGCAGGUCAACCACUUCCAUUUGAUAGGGUUGCAGCUAGCAAUUAUAUGCGAAAGGCUGGGGAAGUACACGGCACUCUUGAAAUUCACAUAUCUACUGGUGAUGGUUCAGGAAGUGGACUAGCAUGGGGUUGUGAUUUAAGUUAUGAUUAUGUCAAAAUUAAUGCAGAGUACACAACAUGAAACAGGACCUGUAGUUCAAAGAUUGAAGUCUUCUCCUAAUAAAAAAGCAGUUUCUGUUUUGUAGCGAAGCUUGGUGCACCGGGCUGCCUUUUCUUUAGUUGUAAAAUUCAAAUGCAAGCAACAUGUAUGAAUACUGCUGGCAGCAGCAGAAUUUUGUUAGAUGGAUGAAACACUUUCAAAAUUGUUAUUUCGUUAUUUCAUUUUUAUUAAAAUAUCUGGGACAUUAUGUAUGCUGCGUACAUCUUUUUAAUAAAAUAUUUUCCUUUUA